AUGUCCCGGGAUGUUGCCAGCCUCGCGGCGGCGCCCGCCGCGGCGCUGCUGCGCGUCGCGGUGGCCGCCACCAAGUCGGCCGCCGUGGCGGAUAGGCUCCUGGGCCCGGUCGCCGCGGCGGCAGCGGAGCAGCUGGAGGCCUGGGCGCUGGACGACGCGGCGCAGCUUCUGCUCGCGGCCGCCAAGGCCAGGGCCGGGGCCGCCAGCGAGGGCGCGCGGCGGCUGUUCGCGCGCGCCGGGGACGUGCUCCCGCCGCGGCUGCCGGAGACGAGCGCGGCACAGCUGCUCAAGGUGGUGCUCGCUGCAGGCGCGGUGGAGGGCUGCCGGCCGCUGCUGGAGGCCGCGGCGGCGGAGGCCACCUCGCGGUUCUCGGACCUGAAGCCGGCGCAGCUGCUGGUGCUCACGCAGGGGUUCCUGCCGCUGGGCGCCGCGCACGCGGCCGUCGGCCAGCUGCUGAGCUUCUGGGCCCAGCUACUGGGCACCGGGGCCGCCGAGGGCGAGGCAGACGAGGUGGCGGGGCGGCGGCUCGUGCUCGAGGCCCAGGCAGCGCUGCCCCCGGACCAGCUGGCGCGUCUGGCGAAGAUGCUGUCACCGGUGGCCCCCGGGCACUCCGACGUGUUCGAGGCCAUCGGCGCUCGCCUGCUGGAGGGCCUCGGCGGGCUGACGGCGGCUGGCAGGGCCUCCGUGGAGGCCGCGUUCGCCGCGGAGGGCGCGGGCCCGGCCUUCCCCUGCCGAGCAAGGUUGAUGGCGGCGCUGCGCGACACCCAGGAGGAGGAGCGGCGCGGCCCCGCCGCGGGGGCGGCCGCCGCCUCCGGGGAGCCGCGCGGCUCCCGCGAGGGCGACCGCCGCGCGGCCGAGAGACUGGAGACCAUCCAGAAACGAAUCGACAGCGCAGACGAGACCCGCAUCGUGGAGCGACAUGCAGCAAGGAAGGUGGCGACACGGCGUGCCAAGUUGUGGGCGCCCACGAUGCGAAAGAUGGUCCGCCGAGCCAUCACGCACGACGGGGAGGACAUCUACGAGCAGGGUGACCUCCUGAGGAAGAUCAAAGAAUACUGGGGCGACAUCUUUGCGUCAAAGACCGUGCGGAAGGAGCUCCUCGACUGUUUCCUCGAGAUGAAUGCGGAGGACCUCGGCAUGGGCGACUGCGCUGCACCGAACGUUGCGGCUGCAGCAGAACAAGCACAACGUGGAUUCCUCCACAUCGACGCGAUGGAGCGCGCCUUCGGCUGGGUGGCGCAGUCGGAAGGCAACAAGUACCAGCACGCCAUGUUCGUCGCCUCCGAGCUCGUGGGGGCCUUCCCCUGGAUGAACCAGAAGUGGCUCUGGGCGGCUGUGCGUGCUGGCGGGCUGGAUGGCGGCCUACUGGACGCCGCGCAGGCCUUCUACGACAACGCGGCCACCUACGCUUACCUGAAGGGCGACCUCCAACACGUCUUCACGGUCACUGCUGGAAUAGCACAGGGCUGCCCGCUGAGCGGCACGAUCUGGUGUGUUGCACCCAGCCUGAUACCCGAGCGGUUCGCGAAGGCGUCCGACACGCAUCCUUACUCCUGCCUGAAAGCACGCGCGGACGAUAUUGGCUUUGUGAUUCGCGUGGGAGACGGCUCGCCCAAGUUCUGGAAGAUUUGCUCCCUGGUCUACUACCUCGGGGAGGCCGCAGCGUGCUUCCCUGGACAGAAACGCACCUUCGGCGAGAUAUCGCAGGCUGAGCUCGAUCUGAUCGGCGUUGACCAUGCUUGGGGCUGCCCAAAAGACCGUAUUGCCAAGUACAGGCCGGGCAGUGCCACGGUCGGCGGCGCCCGCAAGGGGGUCGCGCCAGGGGGGUGGGCGUCCGAGCAGGACCCCCCGUCGCUGGGUGGCAUGGGGCUGCUGGCGCCGCCGCUGCUCCGCUGCGGAGCCGUGCUGGCGGCCCUCUGCGCGGCGCAGCAGCCCCCGCAGCAGGGGCCGCCGCAGGGCCCGCCGCCGGCGCUGCGCGGCCAGCCUAGCAAGCACGAGGUCAUGCAGCUCGGGCCCCUGCAGAUCGAGUUCGAGGAGGUCGGGGGGCCCCCGGGGGGCAUGCCGCCCGGGCUGAUGGAGCAGAUCGCGAGGGACAUCGUCCCGCAGAUGCUCGAGAUGGGCCCGCCGCCGGGCCCCGGGAUGGGCCCGCCGCCCGGGCCCCACAGGGGCCUGCCUCCGGGCUUCCAGAUGGGCCCGCCGCCUGGCCUCCGGACGGGCCCGCCGCCCGGGCUUCCCUUCCAGAUGGGCCCACCGCCUGGGGCGCAGAAGGCGGGCAUGGGCGUGGAUCUGUUCCACGACCUGUUCCCAGGACCCCUGGUUAUCAUGGAGGAGCCAGGGAGCCCUGGUCCGAUGGGGCUGCCGGGCAUGUCGGAGGGCCCGUUCGCAGCGCCUGACCCGCUGAUCAUGGACAUGCUCCAGCACCUGACGGGGAGCUUCCAGGACGACAUGCUGCCGCUCAUCCACAAGGGCGCGAACAGUGCAAAGAGGGCACCGGCGUCGUGCCACGCGGACCUUGUCAAGCACUGCAGCUCUGCCCGCUCGCAGGUGCACUGCCUGGGCGAGCACCGCGAGGACGUGUCACAGGGCUGCAGGCAGGACGUGGGCAAGUCUGUGCCGUUCGUGUGCAGCGCGGAGAUCAGCAAGUUCUGUAGCGUGCUGCAGCAGGGCAUCCUGCCCUGCCUCUCCAGCCACAUGGGCGAUGUCAGUGGGGACUGCCGGGACGCCGUCGCGGCCACGCAGGAGGUGAUCACCAAGGCGAACACCCUCCAGUCUUCGGUGGUCGACGUGAAGACGGGGGCGAAGAAGGUGCACACUCCCGCCGCUGCCACGGCCGCCGCGGCAGUCGCCAGCACGCCACCGCCCGCGCCGGCGCAGGAGCGGCCAGCAGCGGCGCUCGCGCAGCAGGCGCCCACACCCGCCGCAGCUCCAGCCGCGGCGCCUGCGGCGGCCGCCGCCGGCACGCCGCCGCCCCGGCCGGUGCAGGAGCCCCGCGCCAGCCGGGCGGCCUGCCCACCGUGCCCGGAUCCCUGCGGGCGGCGGCCGCGGUCUGCGCCCUGCUCGUUUUCCUGUAUGGGGUGUACUUCACGGACGGCCUGUCAAGGAUCCCCCGAAGCUUGA